AUGUUAAAAAAGAUUUUCAAAUAAACAAUUUAAAUAAAUUAGAUUCCUAAAUAUUUCUUAGCUUCGCCAAAACCAAAUUUUCCUAUUGAUAAAAUUAGAAAUUUCAACAUUAUUGCACAUAUUGAUCAUGGAAAAUCCACUUUGGCUGAUAGAAUAUUAGAAAUGACUGGAACAAUUGUAAAAGGAGAGUAAUACUUAGAUAAGCUUUAGGUUGAGAAAGAGAGGGGUAUUACAGUUAAGGCUCAAACAGCUGCAAUGACUUAUGAAUAUAAAGGCGAAAAGUAUUUGUUAAAUUUAAUUGAUACUCCUGGUCAUGUUGACUUUCAUUACGAAGUCUCUAGAAGUAUGAGAUCUUGUAGUGGAUCUUUGCUACUUGUAGAUGCAUGUUAGGGUAUUUAGGCUUAGACAUUAAGCAACUAUGAAAAAGCUAAAGAUAACGGACUAAAAAUUAUUCCUGUUAUUAAUAAAAUUGAUAUGCCAGCUGCUCAUCCUGAAGAAGUCGCUGAAAAUAUGCAGUUAUAAUUUGAUGUAGAAAAAGAAGAUAUUCAUUUUAUUAGUGCAAAGACUGGUGUUGGAGUAGAUGGAGUUCUUAGGGCUGUAGUUGAAAAGCUUGAUCCACCCAAAGCUGAUAUUAACAAGCCCUUCAAGGGAUUCUUAAUUGAUAGUUGGUUCAUCAAAGACUAAGGUGUUGUAAUGCUUGUUUAAGUGAAAGAUGGGUGUAUAGCUAAAGGAGAAUAAAUCAUGUCUUGUGCUUUUAAAAAAAGAUAUGAUAUUUUUGAAGUAGGUAUUUUAAAUCCUGAAAUGACACCAUAAAACUCUUUAACUGCAGGACAAGUCGGCUAUAUUUUUACCAAUAUGAAAGCUGUUUCUGAUGCAAGAGUUGGUGAUACUUUCCAUAAACCAGAUGAAGAGGUAGAACCUGAAUAAGGGUUCUAAGAAGCAAGACCUAUGGUUUUUGCAGGUCUUUAUCCAGAUGAUCCAGAGGAUUAUAUGCAGUUGGAAAAGAGUAUUUACAAGCUUGCUUUAACUGAUCCAGCUGUUCAUAUUUAUAAAGAAAGCAGUGCAGCGCUAGGUAACGGUUUCCGUUGUGGGUUUUUGGGGCUAUUACAUAUGGAUGUAUUCAAAUAAAGACUUGAUGAUGAAUAUAAUUUAGACUGUUUUUUAACUACUCCCUCUGUACCUUAUAGGGCAAAGCUCAGAAAUUCAUAAAAAAUAUUAGAAGUAGAAAAUGCAUUAAUGGCUCCUGAUGAUGGACUUGUAGAACAUUACGAAGAACCUUUGGCAGAAGCUACAAUUUUAUGUCCAAAAGAGUAUGUAUCUGCUGUGAUGAAUUUAGCAGAUGAAAGAAGAGGAGAAUAAAAAGAAAUCAACAUAGUAGAUGAAAAAAGAUUUAAAUUGAAAUAUACUUUCCCACUAAGUGAGAUUAUUACUGACUUUUUUGAUAAAUUAAAAUCGGCAACUUAAGGGUAUGCAUCUCUAGACUAUUAUCAUUCUGGUUUUAGAGAGGCUAAGAUUAAAAAAUUAGUAAUUCUAUUAAUGGGAGAACCUGUAGAUUCUCUUUCAUUUAUGGUUCAUGAGAGAAGAGCUCAUGAUUUUGGUAAGAACAUUUGCAAAAAGUUAAAAGAAAAAUUACCUGGAUAACAAUUUACUGUAGCUAUUUAAGCAAAACUAGGAUCAAAAAUUAUAGCAAGAGAGGAAAUUCCUGCUUUAAGAAAAAAUGUAACAGCUAAGUGCUAUGGCGGUGAUUAUUCAAGAAAAAAGAAGCUUUUAGAAAGAUAAAAAGAAGGUAAAAAAAAUAUGCGUUCUAUCGGUAGAGUUUAAAUCGGAAAAGACACAUUUGUAGAUAUUUUAAAAAAUUGA